UCUGGCCCCGCCCCCGGCCGGGCCCGCCGGCGCCGGCCCGCCCCCUGCCGAGUGCGGGCGGGGGUCGCUGCAAGAUGGCGGGCGUGCGGGCCGUGCGCAUCAGCAUCGAGUCGGCGUGCGAGAAGCAGGUGCAGGAGGUGGGGCUGGAUGGCAGCGAGACCUACCUCCAGCCGCUCUCCAUGUCCCAGAACCUGGCGCGCCUGGCGCAGCGCAUCGACUUCAGCCAGGGCUCCGGCUCCGAGGAGGACGAGCCGGGCUCGGCGGGCCGCGCCUGGGCCGAGCCGGGCGAGACGGAGGAUGAGGAAGGAUUGGUAAAGUUUCAGCCAUCCCUCUGGCCUUGGGAUUCAGUGAGGAACAACUUAAGAAGUGCUUUGACUGAGAUGUGUGUGUUGUAUGACGUUCUUAGCAUUGUGAAGGAUAAAAAGUUCAUGACAUUAGAUCCAGUUGGGCAAGAUCCCCUUCCUCCAAAACAAAAUCCUCAGUUUCUACAGCUGAUUUCAAAAAAGAAGUCAUUAGCUGGAGCAGCUCAGAUCCUGUUGAAAGGUGCAGAAAGAUUAUCCAAAUCAGUUGCUGAAAAUCAGGAAAAUAAGCGCCAAAGAGACUUCAACUCUGAACUGCUAAGACUGAGACAACACUGGAAGCUGAGAAAAGUGGGAGAUAAAAUUCUUGGUGAUCUGAGCUACAGAAGUGCAGGCUCCCUUUUUCUUCAUCAUGGCACAUUUGAGGUAAUAAAGAACACUGACAUUGACCUGGAUAAAAAGAUACCUGAGGAUUACUGUCCUUUGGAUGUUCAAAUUCCAAGUGAUUUAGAGGGAUCAGCAUACAUCAAGGUUUCUAUUCAAAAACAAGCACCAGACAUUGGUGACCUCGGGACAGUCAAUCUCUUUAAAAGACCCUUGCCAAAAUCAAAACCAGGUUCUGCACAUUGGCAGACAAAGUUGGAGACUGCACAGAAUGUUCUUCUAUGUAAAGAAAUUUUUGCCCAGCUGUCACGAGAAGCUGUUCAAAUUAAAUCACAGAUUCCUCACAUUGUAGUGAAAAAUCAGAUAAUCUCCCAGCCUUUCCCAGGUUUGCAGUUGUCUAUUUCUCUGUGUCACUCUUCCAAUGAUAAAAAGUCACAAAAGGCUGCUUCUGAAAAACAGAAUCCAGAGGAUCAUCUCUAUGUUCUGGAACAUAAUUUGCAUCAACUUAUCAGAGAGUGUCAUAAGCAAACCUUGAGCUCGACAGUGAUGCCACAUCCAGCUAGUGCACCUUUCGGCCAUAAGAGAAUGAGACUUGCAGGGCCCCAGGCUUUUGAUAAAAAUGAAAUCAGUUCUUUACAGUCGAAUGAAGGACUUCUGGAAAAGAUCAUAAAACAAGCAAAGCAUAUCUUUUUGAGACGAAGAACUGCUCGAACCAUUGACAGUCUGGCGAGUCGUAUUGAGGAUCCUCAGAUUCAAGCUCACUGGUCCAAUAUCAAUGAUGUUUAUGAAUCCAGUGUUAAAGUUCUAAUAACUUCUCAAGGAUAUGAGCAGAUAUGCAAAUCCAUUCAACUGCAGCUGAACAUUGGAGUUGAACAAAUCAGAGUUGUGCAUAGAGAUGGAAGAGUUAUUACAUUGUCCCAUCAAGAGCAAGAACUGCAGGAUUUCCUUUUAUCUCAGAUGUCACAACACCAAGUACAUGCAGUUCAGCAGCUUGCAAAAGUUAUGGGAUGGCAUGUGCUGAGUUUCAGUAAUCAUGUUGGUCUGGGGCCGGUGGAGAGCAUUGGCAAUGCAUCAGCAAUAACUGUAGCAUCACCAAACGGAGACUACGCCAUUUCAGUACGUAACGGUCCAGAAAGCGGCAGCAAAGUCAUGGUUCAGUUUCCACGGAGUCAGUGCAAGGAUCUCCCCAAGGGCGAUGUCCUUCAGGACAGCAAGUGGAAUCAUCUCCGGGGGCCAUUCAAGGAAGUGCAGUGGAAUAAAAUGGAAGGGCGUAACUUUGUGUAUAAAAUGGAACUCCUCAUGGCUGCCCUAACUCCUUGCUAGUGAAGCGCCAGCCUCUCUCUGAGGGCUUGGAAGCAUCUCUGUGCAAUGAUAACUGCUAGUGCAGCAAAGGGGAAAUGGGAGCUAUGGGCCAGUACAAGAAAGCAAAAUCAAAUUUAUUUCCUAUACAGAAAUAGCCAUUUUGGUAUUUGUAAUAAAACCUUUUUCAGUGGCAUAUAAAAUACUUACGAUUUUUUGUAACAGUUCCUUUCAGCUGUAUCUUUGAAAACUGCUCUGUCCAGAGGGACAUAGAUGAGUAAUCAAUGUAUUUUUUGUUUGUAAGAUUAAAUUUGGUAGUCCUUGAGUUGAA